AUGCCUCAGGUCCACAGCAGCAGCACGAGUGUCUGUUAUGCAGUGUGUCGUCUCAUAAUGACGUCUCCUUACUUCUCACGGAGCAGCUCCGUUGUUACUCGGAGUGGAAAUCCAACCGCCGGCCGUACAGCGAGAGACGCGGCCUCUCUGGGCUUCAAACUCGCCAGCAGUCUGAGGACCGUGGACCCAAACUCCACCGUGGCAGUGAAGGUGGAGGUGGAGGAGGCGAAGAUCUCCGAGCAAGGACCCUCCUCGGCCCCCUUAUCAGCGGGCGGGAGCCAAGAACUCCUCCAUCAGGCCAGAGCGCAGCCCAAAACAGAAACAGACGCUCUACCGUUGUCUUCACACAGUCGUAGGAGGAGACAGCUGAAGGUGGAAUAUGACAAGGCUGAUGGCGUUACACCGGUGAAAACAGAACAUUGGGAACCUCCCGACUGGAAAAAACAAUUAGGAUUCAUCCGUGAGAUGAGGAGUGGGCGCGAUGCACCCGUAGAUAACAUGGGAGCAGAGAAAUGCUACGACACAGAAGCCCCCGCACAUGUGAGACGGUUUCAGGUGUUGGUGUCUCUCAUGCUGUCCAGUCAGACCAAGGACCAGGUGACAGCAUCAGCUAUGCAGAGGCUGCGAGCACACGGCUGCACUGUGGAAAAUAUACUCCACACCGAUGAUGACACUCUGGGAAAACUUAUCUACCCUGUCGGCUUCUGGAGGAGUAAAGUCAAGUAUAUGAAGCUGACGUCAGCAAUGCUGCAGAAGGAUUUUGGAGGCGACAUCCCAAACAGCGUGGAGGGGCUGGUGCGUCUGCCGGGAAUUGGACCAAAGAUGGCUCACCUGGCCAUGGACAUCGCCUGGGACCAGGUGUCUGGAAUAGGCGUGGACACACAUGUGCACCGAAUCUCCAAUAGGCUGGGCUGGCUCAGGAAGACGACCAAGAACCCGGAGGAAACACGCAAGGCCCUAGAGGAGUGGUUGCCCCGGGAGCUGUGGAGUGAGAUUAACUGGCUGCUGGUGGGUUUUGGACAGCAGGUUUGUCUACCAGUCAACCCUCUCUGCUCAGUGUGUCUGAACCAGCACAGCUGUCCUUCUGCAUUCAAGAACUCUCCUACGAAGAGGCCUAAAGCCAGAUCCCCACGGUCUCCACGCACAACAUCUCCCUUUGAAGCAAAAACUGAACCUGAGCAGGAAAAUGCAGUCAAAGAUGAGAGAACAACAAAGGAGCCCACACCUGUUUCCCCCGCUGCACAGAGAAGGAGGAUUAAAAACAAGUGAACAUUGAUUCAAGUUUUUGUCUGUUGUGACCAGAUGUUGAACACAAAUGAACAUAUCCAUAUAAGCUAAACACUGUGUAUAUAAUUCAUUUACAGUCCACAUUACAUUCACUAUUUUUGUACACCUCUUAGGGUUUUUUUACCAAAUAAAAAUUGUGCUAAAAAUGGA